AUGGGCGUCGAUCUACCCGAGGACACGCCCUCCAAGAUCCGUGCGCGGGGUGCUGCGGAUUGUGCUUCGAUUCGGAGGAGACAGCAAGAGGAGACGGCCAAGGCGGAACUGGAGACGGGCCGCGACCUACACCAGCAGAUGAAGGACGAUCGGGAGCGGCGAAACGCUCACGCCAAGGGCGACACGGCGUUGCGGCGCGACCUCUUGGCCAGGCAGGCGGCCCACAAGAAGGGCACGCUUGAGAUAGAGGCGGAGCGGGAGCGUGAAUUGAAGGCGAGGGAGAAGGCCGACCAAAGGGCGAGCGACGCCCUGAAAGAGCUCCGGCGACAGGAGCUGGAGGCGGAGAAGAGAGAGGCCAGGCAGAGCAGGGCGGAGACAGUCUUGCACUCGAAGGCAGCAAAAGACUCCGAGCAGGCCCGGGAGCGAUCUCUCGCGAAGAAGGACUACGAAGCCGGUCUCGCGGAGCGUCGUCUUAAGGAGGAGGAGGCAAAGGCAGCCAGGAAAGCCGAAGCAGAAGCUCGGAAGACUGCAAUGCUCGAGGCCCGAGAUCUAAAGAUAAAAGAACGGGCACUCGCCGCGUCGUUGCUUCGGGCAGAGAUCGAGCACUCGAGGGAGAAGGCCAAGGCCAAAGAAGUAGAGGAGAAAAAAGCUGCUGAUGACCACCGCCAGGCACUGAGGGCUCGCGCGGGCCAGUACCGCCAGGAUAAGGAGUUGGCCAAGACGUCGGCGUUCGCCCGCUAGAGGGACCUGCUAUGGUUGAGGGCGAGGGCGGAGGAAGGGCGUGCCAUCACACGUUUCCCCUUUGCCGCAGUCGCGAGCGAGGUGUUGGGCAAGUGAUCCACUCGCCGUGGUCACCGCAUCGCACAGCCAAAACGCUUAGGUAGCCAAGAGAGGCACAAUGUGACCGCAAGUUUUUCGUUCGCGGAAUCCGUACGAGGGGUUGGGGUGGGUGGAGGUUGAGGGCAGGACCACACACAAGGAGCUGAUAGAACAAAGGACACACGCAAUCUGUUGGGGUUGCCGGUGUGUAGUGUUUUCGUCCCAUCCAUUCUGGGGCCAGUCUUACAUUUUGGGUAGUAUCUGACGUAUCAGCCGGGGUCACACAAGAGGAAGGUAACACGGGGACAUUGUUUGUUUGUUUUUAUAUUUUUGUCCCACCUUCCUCCUAAGUUGCCUGUCGAUUUGUUUUAAGCGAGAAGGGUUCAGCAGUCCCUUUCCUCUUGUUGUGUACACUCACGAAGAUGACGCGUUCCACCGCAGAAUUGCAAGUCGUUCACUCCCGAGAGAUAUUCGAACCACCACCUGCUGCUAGUAGGUGUACGAGGGUAAGAACUAGACCACGGGGGCGACAGGUUCGGUGUACCUGCGUUUGAUUUUCGUUCCAGCAUGUAAAGUAAUCGUGACAACGAGGUUCCACACAAUCUGCCCUCCUCAAGCAGCGAGGUUGUGUUGGUCGGCAAGCCAGUCAUUUUUGUGGGCACAGCAGUGUACAUGCAUACGUGCAUACAAAAACAAGUGUGUACGAAUCCCACGUAGUUGAUCGGGAAGGAUCGGUACGGAGUUCCGAUUCGAUGUGAGCCGUCGAGUAGCCUCAACCUGAAUGGACGCACCACCGCUGGUGGUGCGGGGGUUUGCUGGCUGAGACGCCGUUGUCUCUCACUGGCUCGUGUCCGGAAGAGACCGAACCUCUGCGCUAGUUUGUUUCAUAUUACAUACCAGUACAGUCAGUAGCUCGUUUUUUUCUUGUUUUCGUGUGUUUGUGGGGCGUGCUUGCGCAAGGACGGGUUGUGGGAUAGCCGAACUUGAUCGGGAGCACCUCCCGCGGUAGUCGCUCGUACGGGUACGGUGUGAUUGCGGACUAAAUAGUAGACGGCAAUGCAUUUGUGCGCUAUGUUGAGAACCGUUUUGUACCAACGGGUUUUUCCUGUGUUCAUGCCCCUUUGGGGGGGCGGGUCUUUCGAGCAGUAGCCUUCGCGAUGUUGUUUCAGUAUGUAGGGCGUGCGGGGUGGGAUUAGGGUAAGGGAUAGGUAUACGAAGCCCUCGUCUCUAUCAACUUGGAAGUAGAUUGGUAAAAACAUCCGCGGAGGCGGUCCCUUUCGAGGUAGGCAUGCGUGGCAUGUUUCAAUGAUAAAACAAUGGCGCCGGAGGCGGGGGAGCGGGGGGGGGGGCGGGCGACACAAUGACUUUAUGUUUGUGACAGAUUGUCAAUCAGAGGGAGUGGCUUCGAGCGAGGUUGUAUGCGUCGAGGUCGGUCGCGUGCUUCUUCGUGCCUUCUUUGCUCGUGUAUCUGUCAUUUUUUAAUUUUUGGGCGGGCUUUAUUUUUCGUGUAGAUUCGCUCGUUUUUGUCGCCAGCCCUCUCCUCCUCCCUCGGUCCGGGGUGUGUGAAUAGGUUUGGUUUCGUGUAGCACAUGCAGUAGAAGCGCAACGAAUCACGGUGGCGCACAUACGACGGGGCGGAUACGCGUGCUACUGGUUGGUGCUGUCAUGCUGUGUGAUUCUGGUGAAGUAGAAGAAUCAUUCUACUGUUGUAGCGCCAAGUCACCAACAGCAAGUUUACGCAUAAGUGUGGUGUUCUGUUGAUUGUAUCAACGAGUGUAUUGUGCGAUAGUGUGCGUUGUGGGUAAUCGUGAUGAUAGGGAAACAAGUAGCAAUAAUCGUCAGGGGUGUCAACUUUCCCAGUAAACUCUUAAAACAAGCAGCACAUAGCGUGCGUGAACAC